UGCAAGCAGUGAAGAUCUAAAACGGAGAAACAUCAGCCUUCAGAUUUUUAUAUUACAGCUACCGUUCAUCAUGAAGCUGAAUCUUGUUCUUCUCCUGUGUAUCACUAGUCUUCUUCGAAUUUCUGUAUCCAUCCUGAGAACCGUCCCUCACAAGUAUGACCUGAUUAAGGUACCGAUGUCGUGGUCCGCUGCACAGAAUUACUGCAGGAUGAUGUACACCGACCUGGCAACGAUCCUAAGUGAUACUGAUUGGCUAAGAUUGAAGAAAGAAGCAGCAAACAAAGGUCUGGCAACACAUGCUUGGGUCGGAUUGUACAGCGAUAUCAACAGCUGGCGCUGGUCCUUAAAUGACCUCCCACUGAAGAGUGUCACUUAUACCAAUUGGUACUCUGGACAACCUGAUAAUUAUGCUGGAAAAGAAGCGUGUGUUAUAAUGGAUGCAUAUAAUACAUGGUGGGAUCAACCUUGUACAGGAUUAAGACCCUUUAUAUGCUACAAUGCUAAUUUCAGUGGUGCUGACAAGUUCAUCGCCAUCUCUACUCCCCUGUUGACCUGGCCUGACGCUCAGGCUUACUGCCGAACACAUCACACAGACUUGGCCAGCUCUCUUAACAGCUCAGAUCAAAACAUGUUAGCGCAGGUGAGGAAUCGCCAGAGUAAUUCCUGGAUUGGGUUAUACAGAGACUUGUGGAAGUGGUCAGAUGGGACCAACGCUUCAAACCUCCCAUGGGCUCCUGGACAACCGGAUAAUUACGGAGGAAUUGAGAAGUGUGCAGUGGUUUAUAACGGACUGUUCGGUGAUACAACCUGCACCAGCCAGUACUAUUUCUUCUGUCACACCAUUUCCCCAAUGAGGAAUCAGAUAAUGAGACUGCAGGUGAAGUCUGAUGGGAGUGUGUUUGAUCCUGAUGUGCAGUCGUCCAUUUUAGAGAAGAUCAAGCAGAAACUGGAGGAAAAUGGCAUGUUGGAGAACACCUCAGUGACCUGGAAGGUGCAGCCAGAUGGAAACAUCUUCCACAAGAAAAAAAAGGAUGAUCUGUAAUGUAGAUUUCAAACCCAGUGAAAUUUUAUUUAACCUUCAACAUUAGCUUUGAUCAGUAGGGGAAGUCAGAGGAUUAGAUUAACCAGAAGUAGAGGAACAAUAAUAUUGUUUUAUUGCUCUAUUUGUAACAUGCCCACUUUGACUUUGCCACCUUAAUUUUAAAAUCAGUUUUCAAUGUUAUGGCAAAUAUUUCAUAUUUAAUAUGUUCAGCUUUUGCUGCACGUGGCCACUGGAGAUAAUCAAAGGAAAAAGUCAAAGAGGACGUGUUCAAAUACCGGGUUUAAUGCAUCAGUGUGUCGUAGUAAAGAAUAAUUCCUAUAGAUAUGAUAGAGAAUGUAAUAGAACCUGUAAAUACACUGUGUGUACUUUUAACAGUCAGAUAUAAUGCACUUGUCACUAUUGUAACGCUUGCUUAAGCGCUUGUGGGUGUUUUCGGGGCUAUAACUGAAAGUUUAGAGAAAUAAAACCCUCGAAUACUGACGAGCUCUUUUUCCCCACUUUAUUCUCCAUUCACAUCUCCCUCUCUUCUCCUCUCUUCUCCCCUCUGCCUUCCGCCCUGUCAGAAUAAAAGUCCUCAUAACAACAGGCACUUUAACAUGGGGCAUUUCUAACACAAAAAUAAAAUUGUGUUUAAUUUGUAACUCUU